UCUCUCUCUCUCUCUCUCUCUCUCCCACCCGCAAACAUAACUCCACCGUGGGUGACCACGCUUCACAACGCAGAGCCGAGGAAGAGAAGAAGGAAACACCAGUCACCCCUCUCUCUCUCUGCAAGGAAAUGAAGAGGCGGCUGCAGAAGAAAUACUUGAUUUUAAUACUCGCAUAUUCAGUUCUGCUUCUGCUAAUCCCCUACGUGCUAGAUUACCGGAGUAAAUCCGCGCAAGUGAAGCAUGGACUUCAACAACAGCCCAGAUGCCCCGAUUUGGACAACACAAUGGCACUGUGGGAUACUGGGUACAAAUUCAACACGUCCGACACCGCGGAUUACACCGGCAACAACAACAGGAGCCAGGGUCGGACACACAUCUACCUGCACGCCACAUGGAGGACGGGCUCGUCUUUUUUAGGGGAGUUGUUCAAUCAGCACCCCGAUGUUUUCUACUUGUAUGAGCCCAUGUGGCACAUAUGGCAGGCGCUGUACCCGGGGGACGCGGGCAGCCUCCAGGGCGCCGUCCGGGACAUGAUGAAUGCCCUGUACCGCUGCGACUUCUCCGUGCUCAAACUUUACGCCGGCUCUCAAAACAUCAGCACGUCCUUCAUAUUUGGCUGGAAGAUGAACAAGGUGAUCUGCUCGGAGCCGCUGUGCGACGCGCACAAGCGCCACGAAAUUGGAUUAGUGAAGGAGGACAUGUGCGGAAAGUGCCCCAAAAGGGACAUCAGGGAACUGGAGAGGGAGUGCAAAAAGUACCCGGUGGUGGUGAUCAAAGGGGUCCGUGUGCUGGACCUGAGCACGCUGGUUCCCUUGAUGAAAGACCCGGCGAUCAACCUGCAGAUCAUUCAGCUGUUCAGAGACCCGAGAGCUGUUCACAACUCGCGUCUGAAGUCGAAACAGGCCCUGGUGAAGGAGAGCAUCCAGGUGCUGAGGAGUAAGAAGCAGACUGAUAAAUACAAGCGUCUCCUGGUGCCGAACAACAGGGUGAACAGGGCAGAGAGCUAUGUCUCCAGCGCCAUGGAGCUCAUCUGUGACAACUGGCUCAGUGACAUGAUGCUGGUGAUGAACGCACCGCCCUGGGUGAGGAGGAAUUACAUCCGCAUCCGCUACGAGGACCUGGUGCUGCACCCCAUGGAAGAGCUACAGAGGCUCUACCACUUCUCCAACCUCUCCACCUUCCCCGCACUGGAGAAAUUUGUGCUCAACAUGACGCACGGCCAGGGAUACUCCUCCGACAAGCCCUUCCUCAUCUCGUCCAGGGAUGCAAAAGAGGCGAUAUUUGCCUGGAGGGAGAGACUGAACGUUGAGCAAAUAAAUCAGGUGGAGGCCUACUGCAGUGAAGUCAUGAGGCAGCUGGGAUAUCAGAAAAAUAGUGUGGAUAAAACAUAGCCGUGAUUUAUCAUGGGGGAAUCUGAAGGAUUAAGGGGCCUGGCGUUCAGCGCUAAGGACAACAGGUGAAAUAACAAAGAACGGAGUUGGGAUCUGGUCCACUGGGAAUUUUAAAAGCACGGCUGUUGAGCUGUUUCACAUUCAGCAGAGCCCGGCUGAUGGACUGGAGACAAUCCAAGUGGAAAGAGCAACUGCUUAGCGAGACGUAGUAGUUGCAACAUGGAAGCCGUCCGCUUCUAUUUACAGUAUUACCUGUCCAUCAUCAGCAAGGUCCAUGCAGAUACAGACAAUAGGGGGAGGUAAAAGAUAAACUACUUUGGGAAAGAGCUGAGGUUGGUUUGUGCUGCCACUCCACUGGCCAGGCCCUGUCCUUCUGUUGUUUCAUGAGCACUAAUCCCUCCUCAAUCCCCUGCAGGCGUGGGCCAUAAGGCCUCACGCUGGUCCCUCUUGGGAGGGUGCCGCCAGGAUGGAGUGGCAGCAUCAUGUUCGCUCUCACCUGUGACUUCUGCAAAGACCUUAUCCGUCCUGAGCCAGGCAGUAAUCUAGAGCAAGACUGAUACUUAACUGCACUUGGCUCACUAACAAUGCUAAUAUAGAGCUUUGAAAGAAGAAACUAUUUUGUGAGGAGAGGCCCAAGUGGGGAACUAUUGUUCCACUCCCAACCCCUCAGGAAUCCAGACAGCUGCAGCACUCCACUGUAACUGACGAAACAGAAACACACACAUUGGUGUGAAAUUUUCUAGUAUCCCGUGGACUUGCCUUGGAGAGUUGCCUUCUGUCCUCUGCCAACUUUUUUUGCAAGUUGUCACACAAACGAUUGAUAUCACUAAAUAUUACAUGCCAUUCCCUACAGUAAUGAUUAUUGAUUAUUCUCUACAGCACUGUAAGAUGCUGUGUUAUCUGUCCGGUCAUAGUUGUGUUGGGGGGUAAAAUGUUGUCAGCAUUCACACAUUCAACUUUAGAAGUUGGUGAUAAUUGUUCUUGGAAGAUUAUGUAAAGAAGCCAUUGUGUUGUCAGUGCAAGUAACUCCUAGACUAAUUAAACUGACUUAAAUAAAGAGAUGGUAAAUA